GUAACUGAUCAGUAUUGUAUAAGUUUAACGUUGUAUUCAAGUGAGAAAGUAUAACAAAAACAGUAGCUCUUAGGGCAGCAGUAAAUCUAUCCCCAAUCAAAGUCUGAGUCGCGAGAGUAGGUAAUUUGAUAUCUCCCGCCGCUUGGCCCGACCGAACCGUGCAGGUCUCGUCGUCACCCGAAAUUCGACAGUUGGCUCAGUGAGCUUCGUGCCGACACGCCGCCAGGAAGUGCUGCCGCAGACGACCAGAGAAGAAAGCAAAAUGUUGGGCGUUCCGAACGAGACCAGUGAAAAGAAGGUUCGCGGCCACCAGCGUGUCCCGUCCGACACGAAGGAGUUCCACGAGGCCACCAAGCGCGAUGCGUUGAUCCGUUUGCGCAAAGAUUUGGACAAUCUGCUGCACUCGGCGGACGAUGACAAGAAGGCGACCGUCCAGAAGGAAAUGUGCGGCUUCGAGGCCCUGUUCCACCGCUUCCUGCAGGAGGACGGCCCGUCGGUCGAGUGGGACAAGAUCGAGAAGUUGCCCCAGGAUGCCGUCAAGGAUUACUCCAGCCUGAAGACGCCCCAGGAGUCGGAGAUUCGUGCCAUGCUGGACAAACUGGUCGUGGUCAAGCUGAACGGUGGUCUCGGAACGUCGAUGGGUUGCCACGGGCCAAAGUCCGUCAUUCCGGUGCGUAACGACCUUACAUUUCUGGAUUUGACCGUGCAGCAGAUUGAGCACCUGAACAAAAAGUACAGCGCCAACGUGCCGCUCGUGCUGAUGAACUCGUUCAACACCGACGAGGACACCGAGAAGGUCAUCCGCAAGUACAAGGGAUUCCAGGUCCAGAUUUAUACCUUUAACCAGAGCUGCUACCCGCGCAUCAGCCGAGACUCGCUGCUGCCGGUGGCGAAGGAUUUCAACAUCGAAGCUGACAUUGAGGCAUGGUACCCUCCCGGUCACGGUGAUUUCUACCAGUCGUUCCAGAACUCGGGUCUGCUGAAGAAGUUCAUCGAUGAAGGCCGCGACUAUUGCUUCCUGUCCAACAUUGAUAACUUGGGCGCGACGGUCGACAUCAACAUUUUGAACCGAUUGCUCGGCAGCGACCGCCAGGGUGACAAACCGAUCGAGUUCGUGAUGGAGGUGACCGACAAGACCCGGGCUGACGUUAAGGGUGGUACCUUGAUCCAGUACGAGCACAAGCUGCGACUGCUGGAAAUCGCUCAGGUCCCGAAAGAGCACGUCGAUGACUUCAAGUCGGUGAAGACGUUCAAGUUCUUCAACACCAACAAUAUUUGGGCCCGCUUGGAGUCGAUCGAACGUGUUCUGAAUGCGCGCACAAUGAACAUGGAGAUCAUCGUCAACAACAAAACGCUGGACAAUGGUAUGCGCGUGAUUCAGCUGGAGACGGCCGUCGGUGCGGCGAUGAAGUGCUUCGACGAUGGAAUCGGAAUCAACGUUCCGCGGUCACGCUUCUUGCCGGUCAAGAAAACGUCCGAUCUGCUGCUGGUCAUGUCCAACCUGUACAGCCUCAAGUACGGCUCGCUCGUUAUGUCACCGCAGCGCAUGUUCCCCACGACGCCCCUGGUCAAGCUGGGAGACAAUCACUUCAGCAAGGUCAAGGAGUUCCUGGGACGCUUCGCGAAUAUUCCCGACCUGAUCGAGCUGGACCAUUUGACCGUUUCGGGAGAUGUCACGUUCGGCCGUGGAGUGUCGUUGCGUGGAACGGUCAUCAUCAUUGCCAACCAUGGUGAUCGGAUCGAUAUUCCAGCGGGAGCCAUUCUGGAGAACAAGAUCGUAUCCGGUAAUAUGCGCAUUCUGGAUCACUAAGUGGAUCGCCAUGCGCUGUAAUAUGCACGGUAGAUUAGAGGCGUUCGUAGGGCAAGUAGAUGAACCUGUCCCUGGCAAUAUUUUGUGUGUGUGAGUUUCCCGAAUGGAAUUUGCGAAUUUAUUUAAUAACUGUUCAAAACGGUGUGUCAUCUCCACAAAUCAAAGAUUAUUAUUGGGUUUAACUAGGUUUAAGUUUUAAACAAACCAACAUUUGAUAUUUUGUGUUUUGCUUGCAUGUCUAAAGGCAUAUUUUAUAGAAAUUGUUGAUUGUUAAUAAGAUUGCUAUAAUAGUAGUGAAAA